CAACCUCGUGUGACGCAUGAGCAGUGAGCUGGUUUGAGUCAGGCUCAUCGACGGCUGGAGCGCAGAGUGAUGGGAGCAGAGUGAAGAACAGCAGCCUGCGAUCACUUUCCCGCCAGGUUAUGACAGAUGUGAAGGAUGACUUCUUGCUCAGAGAUCUGUGGGUCGGAUAAUGCUGAGCAUGGCAGUGGUGCGCUCAGCAGCGGUAAACAAGGUUAUGGUGUGCAUUCUUACCUGCACCAGUUUUACGAGGAGUGCACUGCCUCCAUCUGGGAGCGUGAUGAAGAUUUUCAGACACAGAGAUCGCCUAGCCGCUGGAGCUCUGUCCUCUGGAAGGUCUGUCUCGCACUGGGAGCUUUGAUCCUGGCAGCCGGGUUAUCAGUGCUGCUGGUAGGCUAUGCUACUCCCCCUCGUCUAGAAGCUUUUGGUGAAGAUGAGCUGCUGUUUGUGGAUGGCCGUGCUGUGCGCUUUAACCGGGCACUGGAUGCCUGUAAGCUUGCUGGAGCCGUGCUGUUCUGCGUGGGUGGCAGCGGUAUGGCGCUGGGGCUGCUCCUGGCCGCUUGCUCUCAGGGCACCUCGAAAGAAGAGCUCCGACUGCAACAAUGUUUCAAAGAGCGUCUAGCUGAGAUCCAGGCCUCCGUUCAACCAAUCACUCAUGCUCCUACCCCAGGAGAAGGCAAAGUGCCCGUCACUCUCUCUAAGGUGCAGAGCGUCCAACCAGAGGCAGAGACCUGACCUCUGCCCCCUGCUUCAUCACUAAAACGACUCAUGUUAAAGUUUAGAUAACUGUGAAAUGGUUUCAAAUGGGUUCAAAGUAAACUACAGUUCCAGGAACAGUAGAGCUAGAUAACACUGCACUUUCUCUGAUGCAUAUGUAUCAUUCGUCUAUAAUGACCAAGAGCACCAAGAGUAUUUAUGGUGAUAAGGCUUUAACAUAACUGUACCCUGUAGAUCAGUGGUUCUCAAACC